AUGCAAAUUGAGGGGGGCAAUGACUAUGAUAAUAAAAAUACUGGAACACCAACCAGCAAGGAAAAAGUAGCUGGGAAGCUGGUGUCACGUGGAGAUGUUUUGCCGGUAUUGUUCCCAGAUCUUCUGGAACUGGCCAGCACUCCAGAUGGUGAAGACGUGGGUGAGGAACAAAGAGGGGUGCACAAUGAGCUGCUAACUUGUAAAGUCAGAAUUACUGAAUUAGAGAGCGAGAUCAAUAUGAAAGACGUACAGAUAUGUGAACUGGAACAGCGUGUGGAAACACUGGAAAAACUGCUCGGGCGGCAUGCUGGUAAUUUGUUUGCAAACUUAAAUACUGUGAUUGUGGAUAAGGAUGCAGAAAUUGCACGGCUCACCAAGCAGGUUGAUCGAUUGGACAAAAAAGUAAGCAAUUUGGAAGAUAGUCUUGAUGACCUCGAGGUGCACGAGGUGACACAAUUUGCUGUGAAUGAUGGAUCCAAUCAGCGAACACCAAGUAAUAGUGUGUCAGGGAAAGUGAGUGGGUCUGCCAAUGUGACGAGUUGCGAAAGUGCGCAGCAGUUUGCAUGUCCUACAGGGCAACCCGAAGACGUGCGGAUCAACGAAUUACAACUUGUUGACAAUGACCCUGGGAUUGAAGAUUUGACCGAUGACUUUGCAGAUGGGAUUUUGCAUACAACUGUAGCAAUGGGUGAGGGUAGCUGCAGCCCCAUAAAUGCACAGACAGUAGCUGUUGGCAAUGUAAAAGAUGGUGCAGCUGUCGUUGUUGUAGAAGGUCAUUGCGAACACACAGCAGGUGCAACAAGUUCUGGGCCGAAAAUUACGUCACUUGUGAAAAGGGUGAAGAACAAGGCAAGACGGGAAUUUAGGUUAUCAGACUACGAAUAUCCCGGCAUAUUUGGGCGUCCACAGGUAAACACCAAUGUCAGACUUGGUAAAUCAGUUGAACUAGGGGUGAUUUACAGUGUUGAGGACGUCGAGGUGGAGCGUAAAACCUGGAAUGGCUUCGGUCUGAAUAGGCGGCACACUGUGUGGAACAUGCUGAAGGAUGAAGACCGGGAACUACUACAAAGAAUGUACACUUUAGAGGGGGACGGGUUAAUAGUAUGGGAUGGUGGACACAAUGGAAUACAAGUUCAUUUUACGGACAUCAAAGAUUUGGUGCAGCAGAACUCCAUACACGGCAAUGUAAUCGAUGCGUACGGUGCAAUGUUGACUGAAAUGCAUAAGAUGGUAUCUGGAAGGGCAGAAUAUGUUGGGACAUCGUACAUUUACACUAGUGUUUGUUCAGAUAUGAUGCGAAACAGUAGUGCUGUUUCCCGAGCGAAGUAUUUGAAUGUUCACAUGAAGGCUGCACGAGGUUGCAGAUACACAGUUAUCCCAAUCUACAAUGCCAACCAUUGGACAGUCAUGGCGUGCGAUGUAGAAAGUGGGAAUUGGAAACAUUACAACUCGAUGCGGCCAAGACGUGGAGUGCGCGAUGAGCACUACAAUGAGGCUCUAAAAGUUAAACAAUGGGUGGCUGAUCACCACAACAAAUUUGUGAAGCCUCGAGUUACAGCUGCAGCUGUUGGGUCAGAGCUGUUUGAUGGCAGUUUUGUAUCUGUUGUGGAUUGUCCACAACAAGUUCCAGAGUCGUCAGAUUGUGGGAUUUUCGUGUGCUUUAUAAUCAGGCAGUACGUACGUGGUGCAGAAGUGAAUACUUUGAUGGACGGCCUGACCCCAACUGGGCUACGAGCUGCAAUGGUGGAAAUGUUCUUAAGUGACCCGGGCAGAGGACUCCGUGGGAGGACAUUAUAAGAGGUUGUGAAGACAUUUGCCAGCGCGCAAGGUGCAACAACAGCAUUAGGAUGUUUUAUUGUGUCUUUUCGUAUCGACGUAUAUAAUUUUUUGUUAGUUUGGAAACACAUAACAGUAGGAGGGAAAAACUAGUUUCCUAUACAGUACUUUUUUGGUAAUGCAGAAGUGCCCAACGGUUUAAUCUUGGGUUAGAAUCCAGUACUUUGUGGAUAUGAAUGUUGAUAUUAUUUAGUAAGCUAUUCAAAUAGUCUCACCUAUUGCAUGAUAA